CACAGUCACGUCUCCAGACUCAACCCCCACGAUCACUUUUUCUUACACCUACACUCUCUCUUUCCUCCAUCUUCACAUUCCCUUGUUCCUUCUUCCUCCAGACUCCAUGUCAAGCAAAGGUAAAUCGUUUGCGGAAAUGGGGAUACUAUCUCUAUCAAAUGAAGACUGUCGAUCCACCGCCAGUCUCGGUGACUAUCUUUCAUUUACAAGCAAAACAACAAUUGUGGCCGAGUACGAGUUUAUCCACCUAUGUCCUUUCCCUCCAGAAGUGAAGACGUUAAUAAAAAAUCUUGGCUGGGAAAAGUUCUUUGAUCUCCGGAGUCGAGGAAGCACCAGUUACUGUCCCCAUGUGGUGAGGAAGUUCUAUCACAAUUUACAGCUUUCUGGUCCCUGUGAUUCUCAUCUCGUGUCGAUCUUCCCGAGACAUAGAGUCUGCUUCCAGCCUCAUCAGUUUGCUGAGAUCCUCGAUCUUCCCACCGGAGGACACCCCAUUGAGAGCAGAAGCGAUCUUGCGUGGCUGUACGAUUUUGAGUUUGAAGUUGAACUGGCGAAACUCACAAAGGGGCGCAUCCAGGCUUCUUUCCUCCCAGAUCCUCUUCGAUUCCUCCACUGGAUGAUCGUCAACUGCUUCCUGCCAAGGUACCGUGGUCAUUCGAUUAUUCAUAAACUUGACUUUUUUAUCCUUGUGCAAGCUCAAAGAGGUGUUCCUGUUAACCUCGCAUCUCUCAUGUGCCUGAACAUGGUUGAGGCUGCUCCUAGAGGGGAAAACUGUUACACUACCUUUCCAUAUGCCACCUUCGUGAUCACCUUUCUUGAAAGGGUUGGGAUGGAUAUGGGGGUUUAUGUUAAGGAGGACCAGUGCGCUUAUUUGUCGGUGUACCGUAUAGCCGAAUUGACCAAUACUUUUAUUGACCUUCGGCAUACGGAGCAUCAAGCGACCCCUGAGGCCUCCUCAAGCAAACGUCCUCGGCUUACAUGAGAGUCGAUUGAUUCAGGGCGGGGUGGAGCGUUGGAGCAGCAAAGGGGCCAGCAAUGGAUGUCUUCUGUUAACAAGUUUCCUAAGUCUUUGUUGGGUUUUUUUUCCAGUCUUUUGUCUUUUCCUUAAUUCUCCAGCACUCAAAACUGUCAGGUACUGAGGGGAGCCAGUACAUCAUCUGACUAGAAAAGUCUCCCAUUUUUUGAAUUGUCCAGACCAAUAUUUUUCUAUGCAUGUAGUAUUUUUUGAAUUUUCCAUGGCUAAGUUCCGUAAGACAGGUGACGAGAUGCAGUAAUGGUCAUCUCCAAUGGUGCAAUUUUUGUGACUUGCAAGAUGAUGUGGCAAGGAGGUGCAAUUGCAUAUCUAAAUUGCUAUGAUGUGAGAAGCUAUUGCAAUGCUGCAAAUUUGCUUGCAAUUGAAAUGGGCCCACGAGUGGGGACUAUUGAUGAAAUUGCAAUUGACUUUCAUUGUUGUUGAGAAGUUGUGUUUUCUCAAAAUUAUAGAAGUGGAAGUAGGGACUACCUAUGAAAUUGCAAAUGAAUUUCAUUGGGGGAG